AUUUGACAUACCUACCUACUGUGCAAGUCGUAUUAUAAUCUGUAUUCUGUAAGAUUUCUACAGCACAUCCAAAACGUGUUUGAAAACUUGCCAAAACUACGCCGUAUCCAUAAAUAAAAUAAUUCGCCGUUGCAAAAAUAUAAAGGAAUUUUGCGUUUUGUUCAAGAGCUCAAAUUAUAAACACACCUUUGGAAGAAUUUGAGGGACUUCAAAACAAAUUACUGUCUUCACUCCACAACAUUAUAAAUUGUGAAAUACGGGAAAUACAAUCCGAACUCUCAUCAAUAGAAGAACUUUGUGAAAAACUCUGCUAUAAGAACAAAGUUCUUCAGGAAAACUGCAAGGACAUUGACUUCAGUGUACAAACACCAUUAGUAAAAGGAUCACCACUCCAGCCUCCAUUAGAAGAAAUAUUACAAUUUGCGUCAGAGUCUGUUACAUUUGGCAGUCAGAUUUGUGCUCAAAUUGAAACAUCAUUGAGAGUUCUCUCAUUCAAAGGUCUAGAAACAUCUCAUUUCAUAGAUAAUUUCAAAUUCCCAGCCAAUUGGCAAGAGAGAAUUUCUGAAAUCCUCGCCUAUACAUCCUUCUGUCCAGAAAAUCAAAUUUAAAGAUGGAUCUACUAGGUUCUAUCUUGAAUUCUAUGCAAAAACCGCCAGCUGCGAGCGAGGCGCAAAAAAAUGCUAUGCGAAAACAGAAAGAGGCUAUUGAAAAGAAACAGAAGGAAAAUAAGAUCAUGAUUAAUAAAUUCAGACAGCGGGUUGAGGAUAAAAUAAGUGAUUUUAUCAAGGAUGGCACCAAACCACACUUAGCAUUUGACCCCAUGGAACAAAUGUACAGGUCUAUAAUUCGCGAUGUCGCAGAAACAGCUGGUGUCCAAGUGUUCUCCUUUGGGCAAGAGGGUGUCGAUAGAUAUUCCGUUGUGUACCUCAAAGACAAAGGGCCCUCUGAAGACGAAGUUGCGGUGCGUAAGAAUGGCGGUAUCUGGGAUGAGGAAAAGGCCAUAGAAAUGGCGAAAAGAAGAGAGUUAGACAGGCAAGCAGAGAAGGAAGACAUAGAAGAGAGAAGUAGAAAACGAAAGAAUAAGGAGGAAAUAAGUGGGACGUUUUAUAAACAGAAGUAUGCGCAUUUAAUCGGUCAAGAGGCAGCGCUCGAUGCGGCGCAUAAAACGAAUAUGAAUAAAAACUAUGGAGAAGUGCCGAGUGCAAAUAAAAAGGAUCAACGUUCGAUAGAACAGACGAUGGCGGAUAUUAAAGCUAAGAAAAUGAAGAAGAUUGAAACAGAGAAGCAGUCGGCAGAGGGUAAUGAAAGUAUCUAGUAUUUAAUACAUUUUCUUCUCAAGUGUAUUAUGGGUUUGUGAUCUAGGGAGUUGUUUAAAUUUUCAUGAAUUGAAGUUGAUAAACAAUGAUAUUUUAGAAAAGUACUAAAAACACAUAGUAUAUAAUAUACUUACUUACUCAGUAUUCAAUGUUACCUAUAUCUUGAAGUAAUAAUAACACCAUAUAAAACAUACUUUAAAUCCACAUUCAAUUUUACUAUAAAGAAAAACAGUUCUAAUAUAGAAAGAUGAAAUUUGUCUAAAAAGCUAGAAUUUAUACUUCAUUGAACUCUUUUUUAAAUCUUAAAACAUGCCCUGUAUGUUAAAAAUUACUCUUUGCAAAAUGAAUUUAGAUCCAUUAACAUAUUGCACUUUUGCUAUGGAUGAACACUAGAGUAGUGCUCGAGAGCAUUUUAAAUUAUAGUUAUAUUACGACUGAAUAGAUAGGUACAAUAACGAAUAGCAAUUAAUAGUAUUACACACCAAAUUUUCUCACAUUAGACGUUUAACCGGAGUAAGAAAGUAGGCUGUGAUGAAAACCCUUGUGUCUCAAAGACCUAAGUAAGUUAAAUCCUGUGCUUACCCUUAUUCAUAAACAUUUUUCAUAAUGUACCCGCAACAUAGACUUAAAUUUUAACAAUAUUUU